UGUCAAAAAAACCCUGGCCAUUCACAAUUUAUACCAAUCAAACAUUUCAGCGAAUUACAUAUUCCGGACAUCUACCAACAAAUUCAUCGCACGGUUAAUGCUGAAAAAUUCAAGGUGAAAGAUGACCUCAUUCCCUUUAAAGAAUUUCGAAACUUGCUCUAUCAUUUCGUGAUGGUCAUGGCAUCGCUGACAGUUAAUGUCCAAAUCUCUUUCACCAGCCUCGAUCGCCCAGACACAGUUCCCAACGACCCGACAACUCCUUACAGCGGUAACGAAUUGAGGGGUCAGAGAAAAACCCGAACCGCCAGCGGAUUCAUUUUCAGCAGCAGUCUGGUUGACGAAGGUCAAUCCAAAGCUUGUCCCGAGUGUCCGUCAUCUCCUGGUAGAGUUCACGCGGUGUUUUUCAUGCAGACCGCAACCCACAAUCUCUUCGACGCCGAAGAACUCAAACACUCCAAGUGCCUUUUGGAUUACGACGAGGAAUCCGACAGAUCGAAGCUGAAAUCCAUAGAACCCGUAGAGAUCGUCAUGAAAGAUAUCGAAAACGAUGUCUGCAUCGUCAAGUGCGUCACAGAUGAUGAAACACUGUGUAAAGUUUUGCGGGAAAGAUUGAAGUCGUAUCAUCGUUUGAGAGAGACGAUCUACCAGAUCCUGAAGGCGAAGAAGGUGGUUUACGUCAGAGACUACGUCACGUCGUUCUGGAGCAUAGUCGACCUCGUCUUUGUCGUCGGGCACCCCCACGGGAAACCAAAGAUGGUCUCGGUCGGACAUCGGAUCAAGAGACUGGGCCAGGGGUCCGUGUCCAGCAAAUCGUCCUACUUGUACGAUACGUGCACGUGCCCGGGGAGCAGCGGGGGCCCCGUUUACAUAAUCGGGGCCCCUAACGAGUUCAUACAGCACAGUCACUCAGGGGCGUUGGAUGAGGGGAAUUUUUGUGGAGAUGGUGUAUGGGAGCAAAAAGUACAGGGAGGAG